GUUGAGACAACAGCUCUAAGGGAAUGUAAAGAAAAUGAAAUGUUUCCUCAUAUCAAGAAGAUGAUUGAAAAGAUGAAGGCAGAAGGAAAAUGGCAAAUUUUACGAGUAGCACCAGGAAAUAACCGUUGGAUAAUUUGUCCUGAAUCACAAAUAAAAAUAGAGAUUGAAGUCUCAGCGGGUCGUAUGAAGUUUGUAGAUUUUUCUAUUAGUGUAGACACUAAUCAAAAUAUAAGUAACGAAGAGGAAACAAGGUGCAAAAUGGACAUUUCAAGUGAUACUGAUAGUGAUAGUAUUGAGGAUGAGGCAGCAAUUCAUAAUGCAAAUAAUAAUACACUAUGGAUUAAUAAAAUUAUUACUAUUGAUCCUCAUCAAGUGUUACACUCCUAUUCCAGUUCACCAGUUGUACAUAUUGCUGACAUUUCUAACGCAACACCCAGACUGUUCUUCGAACGUUUUAUGCCUAUUGAUUUUAUAAUGUCAGUAGUAAUUUCCAUUACAAAUAGAUGUGCGCGUGAAUGUGAACGUAGGUGGAAUGAUUUAACGUGGGUGGAAUUUAUGAAGUUUAUUG